AUGAAUCCUGCAAACCCCAAUCCGUACCGUCUGCCCGAAAACCCCGUGUGGUUAAUCACCGGGUGUUCCAGUGGAAUUGGUCGAGAAAUCGCCAAGUACAUCGCCUCGAAACCGAACCAGCGCCUCAUUGCCACCGCACGAGACCCGUCCACUCUGUCGUACCUCCCAGAAAGCCAUGAUAUUUUGAAGCUGCCUCUGGACGUCACUUCUCCUUCAUCCGUCAAUGGCGCCUUCAAUGCGGCAGCUGCACAUUUUGGAGACUCUUACCACAUUGAUGUCGUUGUCAACAACGCGGGAUACUCCCUCUCCGGAGACACCGAGGCCGCAACAGAAGAGCAGACUCACCAGGAAAUUGAGACACUCUUCUUCGGCACAGCCCGCGUUUCCAUGAAAGCAGUCGAAGUGAUGCGCCAGGAAAAGAACCAUCGUGGUGGAUUGAUCUUCAACGUCUCUUCCUUGGCUGGGGUUUGCGCCUUUCCUGGACACGCGUACUACCAUGCUGGUAAAUUUGCCGUUGAAGGUUGGACAGAGUCCGUUGCAAAAGAGAUGCACCCCGACUGGAACAUCAACUUCUGCAUCGUCGAGCCCAGCGGUGUCAAGACCAACUUCGAAGGCAGCAGCAAAAAGUACAUGGAUCCUCACCCUGCCUAUACUGGCGACGACAUGCCAGCUAGAAAGUUGGAGGCCAUUGUUUCGCAAGCCCUCAAGGGUGGUGCUGGUAUCGAGCCUGUUGCUAUUGCUGAGGCGCUGUUUAAGGUUGCCUCUCGGGGAGAGAAGAUUCCGCUGCAUUUGGCUCUGGGAGAUGUCUCUCUCAAGUUGAUCAGGGCCAAGUUUGAGGCUCGUCUUCAGAAUUUGGAGACUUAUAGGGAAUUGGGCGCCAUUGGUUCAUGA